UGGGGGUGAAGGCCUCAAAAGGCGGAGCCGGAAGCCCCUGACGGCUCUCCGCGGGCGUGUACCCCACGGGCGUCUUGACUCUUGGACCCUAUAAGGAGAACGAACGGCCUCCGGGCGGUCGUGAGGCCUGGCCCGUUUGGCCCUCAUCCCCCCAAGCAACUGGUGGCAAAGUCAGGCGCCAGCCGCCACCAAACGCCCGGGGGGUUGCGGACCAGUGGUGAGGAGGAGUGCGGGGGGGCAAGGCGUGCGCGUGCCCGCCUGGGUUCUGUCGGACACGUGCAGCAUGGCGAAAGGGGUCAAGCUUUGCCACCUGCUGCCCUCGGAGGCCAUCCCCUUCUCAAGAAACUCCCCCAUCCCUCGGGGAGCCCGCACGCGGGAGGCUUGUAGGGUACAUGCAGCACGGCGUGGGAGGUCGGUCGGGUACAUGCAACACGGCAAGGGGGUCAGGCCGUGCCAUCUUUGCCGCCUUCGGAAGCCUUCCACCCCCGGUCGUGGGUGCUUGAGCGGCCUCUGGGGUUUUGGUUCUGUAGGGUACAUGCAAGAAGCCGCGAGGGUGGGCGCUUGGAGGCCUUCCCGCCUGGCAAUCCUUCGAGAAAAAGGGUCCGGGGCUGGUGGCCCCCCUCUCAAAAAUUUAGACCGGGGGGGCCUUCAGCCCUGA